CGAACGCGACUUGACACUCUGGGGUCCACACAAAGUCAACUUUAGGGCUAAGCAACCUGGUUAACGGUUCGACCACAGACGAGAAGUUCCUACAGAGAAGCUCAAGGCCACACAGCAACAGAUGGGACAGGAGCAAUUACGUCUAAAGCAGGAUGUGGUCACAAGGUGGAAUUCAACAUUCUACAUGUUGAAAAGAAUUCUAGAGGUCAAAGAUCCUGUCAUCUCCACCCUGGCACUUGUGAAUGCGUCUCUGCCAACAUUGUCCCUAGAGGAAUGGGAAAUUAUUAAAGAAACCGUGGAUAUUGUCAAGCCCUUUGAGGAGGUCACAACUGAAGUGAGCGCUGAGAGGUAUGUGACUGCCUCCAAAGUAAUUUUAAUGGCCAGAGGCCUUCAGAGGAUUGUUGCCCGCAAUCAAAGGAACCCCUCCAUUCAUAAACCUGUAAACGACCUCGUGGACAGCCUGAUGACAGAAAUGUUGAAGAGGUUCAGUAAAGUGUUGAGAAGCUUGCUGAUGCUACCUGCUUGGACCCGAGGUUCAAAAAGCAAGCCUUUGUCAACAGCAAAGCAGCAGACGAGGCAGUGA